AUGUAGAUUGCUUCUACAAACAUUUGUGAAAGACUGUGCAAUAAGUCCAUCCGUGACAUUUCUUGACUACUAAAUAUUCCACUCUCAACUGUUAGUGGGAUUAUAACAAAGUGGAAGCAACUGGGAACAGCAACUCAGCCACCAAGUGGUAGGGCACGUCACAUGACAGAGUGGGGUCAGCGCAUGCUGAAGCGCACAGUGCGCAAAAGUCACCAACUGUCUGCAGAGUCAAUAGCUAAAUGCCUCCAAACUUCAUGUGGCCUUCAGAUUAGCACAACAGUACAUGGAGAGCUUCAUAGAAUGGGUUUCCAUGGCAGAGCAGCUGCAUCCAAGCCUUACAUCACCAAGUGCAAUGCAAAGCGUUGGAUGCCAUGCUAUAAAGCACACUGCCACUGGACUCUA